AUGACCAAGGGCAACGAGACGCACGAGCUGUCGGUCGAGGGCGACAAGGUCCUCGAGCGCACCGAGUCGGGCACGCUCGUCGCAGAGAAGGACUACGACCACGUCGUCCGCGGCUACAAGGCGGCCGAGCACAAUCCUCGCUUCACCGAGCAGACGCACAAGAACGCCGAGCACAUCCGCCACGACCUCGAGGCGGCGCACGACGAGCAGGAGCUUCAGGAGAACCAGCCGCACGACACGCGCCACCACCACUCGGACUCGCACGCCAAGGACAAGCUGCACAAGGGCGAGUCGCACGAGGACGAGGUCCACAGGCACCGCGUCAUCGGCGGCUACAAGGGGACCCUCCACCGCGACGGCGUCUCGGAGGAGGCCAAGGAGCACGCGCGCGAGAAGCUGCGCGAGCUCGGCGAGAACACCGACUAG